UUCCAUGGUAAGGGUCCAGGCAAACGACAAAUUGAAAGACGUCAAGCGAAAAUGGAGAAGAAGGAAUUAAUGAAGAAAAUGAAUUCAAUGGAUACACCGUUGGGUACUCUUCAGAAGCAGUUGAAGAAACAGGAAAGUCUGCAAUCACCGUAUAUCAUCCUGAGUGGAUCUGGUCGUGAUACAGGGGCACCACUCAAGAAGGAUUGA